UGUGUAUUAGGUUGUAGAGAGAUAUAUGAUGGGGGUGAGGAGGGUGGGAGUGGCGGGGGGUGUUGACCUACCAGAGAUAAAAUGACAUAUUAUACCCAUAAUUCCCAUGUUGCUGGAUAAGGUGACCUGUCUAACCUCAGCUCUUUUCCUCCUCCUGUCUUUGUUCAUUUCUUUGUUUUUGUUUAUUUUCUGGAGCAGGUGGGUGGUGGGGGGACGGGGGGCGGUGAUCGGUGGGGGCGGGACUCGGCGCUGUACAUACUUCUUUUUUUUCCCCUUUCCUGUUUUUUUCAGUGCGAAGAGUGACGGUCCCAGUAGAAUAAUCGAUGGCAGGCCUUCCAGAAGGGCAGAGCAGAGCAAAAGUUAUUUAAAGAAAUAAAAAGAGAAUAACAGAGAAAUUUAAAGAGAGCAGCUUCACCACUGGAUUGGUUUGAGCUUCCAGGCGUCUGUUCAGGCUUCUUUCUCCCUUCAGGAAUGGAAAACAGUUGGCAGCCUCGGAGCUGACGGCCUGUGAAGCGACUCUCCUCCUGGGGUGGGCAUCAGGUGCUUAUUUAAAUACAAAAACCAGACGUUUAUAUGACAGGUAGGACUGUAGUAGUUUAAAGUCAGUGCAGUUUUACGUACAGGAAUGUACACACAUCAUGUCGUGGAUGCGUUUUGAUUGGCUGAAUGAAGGGUCGCAAACCCCACCCCCACCCCCACCCCCGCCUUGUGAGUUUUGGAAAAGCUGUUGUAAAGUACUAAGCUGAGAGCGCCAUCUGGUGGCUGCAGCUUCGUCCCUCUCUCUCUCUCUCUCUCUCUCUCUCUCCCACCCACUUCCUCCCCCCUUCUCCCCCAUUGGCCUCUGAAGAAAAGGGAAAGAAAAUUUACUGCAAGGAAGCAGGGGAGGGGGCUUUUUAAACAUUCCAUUAGGUGAAAAAAAUACUUAAAAAAGAGGAAAUUAUUGUGUUUAAAAGAAAAAAAUCUAUGCAAUCAUCAUGUGUUCAAUAUCUGAAUUGUGGGGAAAGUCGUGGGCGUCAGUCAGGCCCCGCUGUGAGAGAGCUCCCUGUCCAAACCGAUUCUGUGUGUGAGUGUGAGUGUGUGUGUGGGGCAGUCAGAGGGGGAGGAGGGGGGAGGCGGGGGAGGGACAGACAGGGAAGGAGCCGAGAAGAAAAGACUUGGACCAAAAGCUUGUUUCUCUUUCUUUUUCUCUCUCUCUCUCUCUCUUUUCCCCCCUGCGAGGUUGGAGAGAAAUGAACUCUGGAAUUGUGAUUUUCCUUUUUUUGUACUCUUUAAUAUCAGACCUUAUCUGCUGUACUGGAAACUGCAACGCCUUCUGUCUAAUGAUGAGUGAGUUUCACAAAGCACACAUAAAAGUUUCCUUACAAAAUGCCUCCGCUGGUCUGCGUGUCUUCUUUUGUCGUCUGCUCUGACUGUGGACGAGCUUCUCAGAUUCUGUUGGGACAGAAAAUCAUCUUCAUCAUCUGCAUCAUACUGCAGCCUUGAAGGUCUCAUGUGGUGUUAACGUGUUUCUGUUGAGCAGAACUUAAAAUGUGAAGAAUAAACAGAACGUGGACAGUUUCGCUUCAGGUGAUUCAGGUAGAUUUCUGUGAGCUUGAGCUUCUCUAAGCCACAAUCUACGCGUUCAGGCGAGUCUGAAUCUCACCUUCCUCACCUGCGUGUUUGGUCUCUCACCUGUCAGCUCAUUCAGGCUCCACUAGUUUGCAUCCGACACCCAAACUGUGACGGUGCUGACAUUUCAUCAGCGAGUCUCAUUUAUUCUCAAUAAAUAUUACGGUCACGUGUUUCACAAACCUUUAUGUGAUAAACAAAAUGCUGGUCAGAUGGUGUCUGUGGUCUACCUGCCUGUCUGUGACUGCGCAGGUCCAUAAAACUUAUUUUAAAGACUAAAUAAAAUGUAAUAAAUCCCAGAUGGACCCCGCCAGCUGCCGAGCUCACCUCGCGGAUUUCCUCAACUGGUUUUAGGCACGAGGAGCGGAAAUGGGCAGAGCCUUUCGAAGAGGAGAAGGUCUGACAUGCGCAGGCAGCACCGACACUCGGACCUGUUCUUCACGCGCGCUGGUGCUCCACGUCGGAGCAGCUCGAGACCACUAAACAACUACGACGACGACUACAACAUGAGCCGCCCGGUGACGCCUGAAGACGUGACGCCGGACUCGUGACGUGACUCGGUGUUCGUAACCUCAGCAACGCCAGAACCGGCGGAGGCGCUUCGAGACCUCGGGACGUCAGGGGAGUCCGGCGCGUGCGGCCGCUCCGCCGCGGCAGGGAUGAUGCUCGCGCUCACCUUCACCUGCCGCGCGCUGCUCGCCUUCCUGCUGACGGCGUCCGUUCAGCCCGACAGGACCGCGCCUUUCCUGAUCACAGAGAACAUGUGGCCUCGCGGUUGUGUCCUGGACUGCCACAGGGGGCGCCACAGAGCCGUGUGCGGCAGCAACGGCCGGCUGUACAAAUCGCUGUGUGCUUUCCAGAGGGCGCAGUGCAUCAACACACAACUCCGCCUCGCUCCACGAGCCCGCUGCUCAGAUCCCGGUCUGUCUAAAUGCCAGCAGGCCCAGACUCAGGCCUUGGAAGCCAGCUCCCACAGCAGUGGUGGCCACGUUAGCCCAGCAGCUGCCAUCUUUGUGCCCGAGUGCCAUCCGGACGGUCACUUCCUGCCGGUGCAGUGCCACAACCAGACCGGUUACUGCUGGUGCUCCACGCCCGACGGCAAACCUGUCAGCGGCACCUCAGUCCUCCACCUGAUCCCCAACUGUAGCGAUCACAUCACCAAGCUGGCUCAGACCACUGAUGCAGAUUCAGCUGCAGUCCGAGAUGAAGUUGGUGAACCUGGUCCUACAUCAGUCCCCAGAAAACCUGCAGAGCUGACAGCUCCUCCAUUCUGGGUGACCAUCCUGAUGAACUCUGACCCCAGGGGAAACCGUCCAAUCAGACGCCCCGCCGACAGUCCUCAGACGUGUGAGCGUGAGCGAGAGCGAGCGUCGCUGCUCUCUCAGAUGCGUUCAGGCUGGCGAGAAGAGCGUUUCAUCCCAGAAUGCACCGCAGACGGCCGCUACAGCCCCGUGCAGUGUCACGUUGCCACGGGUUACUGUUGGUGUGUGAGGGCGGACAGCGGCAGGCCGCUACCGGGCACCUCCGCAAGGAAUCACAUCCCAGACUGCAAUGGGGCAGAAGACGCGGCAGCAGACAGCAGCUACAGGGCGAAGCCUCUCUUAGGGUGUCCAGGGGCUCGUAAGAAGCACUUCCUGCAGAGUCUGGUCCAAGCCCUGCAGCUGGAAGCGGAGCACGCUGGAAGUCUGAGUCCAAAGCAGACCUCAAACUCACAUCCCUCCAGCUCUCCCUCUCCAUCCAUCACCACUCCUUCCUCCUCCUCGUCCUCCUCCUCCUCGCCUCUGGACGUUGCUCCUCCUGCCGCUCUGGAGGCUGCAGAGUCCUCCCAGCCAGAGGUGGUGCUGCGGUGGCACUUCGCUCAGUUGGAUUUGGACUCCAGUGGGGUGCUGAGUGAGCGAGAGGCUCGACCCCUCCGUCAGUUCCUGCGACGGAGGCUGAAGCCGCGACGGUGCGCCAAGAAGUUCGCCCAGUAUUGUGACGGGGACGGAGACCGAGGCCUGACGCUGGAGGAGCUCAGGGUCUGCCUGGGCCUCUGAGCUGGAUCACAGCCAGACGGCAACGAGCCCAAACGCCAGGUUCCCAAGUCCAGCUGGUCUCCUCUGAGACCACGUCACCCCCACCUCUCGAGGUUCUGUUUGUUCAUGCAGUGCAGACCCAGCGUCCUCCUCUUCCUCUGUUCUCUUCAUC